AUGUCGAAGGAAAACUGCCCAUGGAGUGUGAUAAGUGAUCGGAAGGAGUCCUUUAAUUUUUACAGGCCAGGAGACUACCUGAUCAGCGGGAUCACCUGUACAGCCAAUACUCCAUUUGAAGCCUCCCUCUACCACAUUUGUCUGCAAAGUCACUGCAGCUGUGUUCUUGUGAAAGGAGUUGGCUUCCAGUUAGCUGUCUCUGAGACUAGUCACAAGGACGCUGCGAAGGAGCAUCAAUGCUCAUGCUGCCGGGUGCAGCAUUAUCGAAGUCGUAUAGACGAGGGCCUUGUUGCAGGCGGUUCUCCAUUAGGCACAACCAAUAAUGUUAGGAUCAGCUCUGAUGCUUUAUGCUCUCAUGCAAAAGGUAUGCAUCAGUGGCACAUCCUUCCCUUCUUGUUUGCCAUUCAUGAGAUCAACCAGAAUCCGAGGCUCUUGCCCAAUAUCACCCUGGGCUACAGCAUCUAUGAGAACUAUUUCAACCCAAGAAUGACUUAUGAGGCCUUGGUAGACCUGAUGUCUCUUGGGCAGCAGCAUGUUCCAAACUACAGAUGUGGAGGACAGAAUAAGCUCUUGGCGGUCCUUGAAGGGGCCAAAUUUGAACUCUCCAACCAGAUUUCAACCGUGCUGGGAAUCUACAAAAUCCCACAGGUCAGUUAUGGUUUUGUUAGUCAAGUCCUUAAGGACAAACAUCACUUUCCUUUUAUCUACCGGAUGGUCCCAAAAUCAGAACCAAAUUACCUGGGGAUCGUUAAACUGCUCCAGCAUUUCAGAUGGACGUGGAUUGGUCUCGUUGCUCCAGAGAAUGACAGCGGAGAAAGAUUCAUGAGCACCUUCAUGCCAGUGGUCAUAAACAAUGGUAUUUGCAUUGCCUAUUCCAAAAGUAUCCCAGCGACACUGAAAUGGGGAAGACAUUUCAACCUGAUGUUGCAUUUGCUGGACACUCAAGUUAAUGUAGUUGUUGGUCAAGUGGACACCAAUGCCAUCUUCGUUCUAGCAGCAGCCAUGCAAAUGAUUGAAAAGAUCAAAAAUUCAACUGUAGGAAAAGUAUGUAUUACAACAACUUUGCAGGACCUCAGCGUGAGAAUGUUUUACAGUAUGAUUGAUCUCCAGCACACCCAUGUUUCUUUGUCCUUCUUAAUCAAGACACACAAAAGGACACGAUAUGAUAAUUUUGACGCACUUCUCUUGGCUAUCGAGCAGUUUGGGAUGAAAGCAUUUUAUUGUUUCUAUUCAAGAGACAUGUUGUCUGUGAAAGUCUGGAAAAGAUGCAGAGAAAAAGAGAAUUGGGACAACCUGCCCCAGGAUGUGAUUGAAAGUAUCCUCUCUCAAGACACCUACAGUAUUUACAAUUCCAUCCAGGCUGUGGCCUGGACCUUACAUGCUGUGUACUCAUCCCAUUUGAACCGGAUGGGGAUGGUGGGUGGAGACCGGCUGGGUCUUCAAAGGCUUCACCCUUUCCUGAGAAACUUUCAGCUUUAUAAUACUUCCAUGGACGGAGCUUAUUUGGAUGAAAAUGGAGAUCUGGCAGCCAACUUUGAUAUCAUGAACUGGGUGAUGUUUCCCAACAAGUCCACUGCUGGAGUGAAUGUUGGCAGUAUAGAGAGACUGUCCUCCUCUGAGAUAAAGUUCACCAUUGAUCAGAAUGCCAUUACGUGGCCCAGAACGUUUAACCAGACAGUCCCUUUUUCUAGAUGUACUAGAAGUUGCCUGCCUGGACACACCAAGACGAUUAGGGAAGGAGAGCCCAUCUGCUGCUACGAUUGUGUCCCAUGUCCUGAAGGAACCAUCUCCUCCCAGGAAGAUGCAGACCAUUGCACCAAGUGUCCGGAUGACCAGCAUCCAAACAAGGCCCGAGAUCAAUGUGUUCUGAAGCUUAUCAGUUUCCUCUCCUAUGAAGAAAUUCUGGGAAUCAUCCUAGCUUUAUUUGCCCUAAUCUUGUCCCUAACCACUGGCCUACUUUUAGGAAUCUUCAUGAAAUAUCGAGAAACUCCAGUGGUCAAAGCCAACAACCGAGAUCUCACCUACGUACUCCUCGUCUCCCUCCUGCUAUCCUUCUUGUCCUCCUUCUUAUUCAUCGGACGGCCCCAGAAGGUGACCUGCCUUCUCCAACAAACCACCUUCAGCAUCAUCUUCUCAGUUGCUGUCUCUUCCUUGUUGGCAAAAACUGUCAUGGUGGUGGUGGCAUUUAUGGCGACAAAGCCAGGGAAUAGGAUGAGGAAAUGGCUGGGGAAGAGUUUGGCCAACUCCAUGGUAAUUUCUUGUUCCAGUGUCCAAGUGGGCAUCUGCAUGAUCUGGCUGGGAAUCUUUCCCCCAUUCCCAGACUCUGACAUGCAUUCCCAGCCUGGGCAGGUCGUCCUGCAAUGUAACGAAGGGUCUGCAGUCAUGUUUUAUACUGCCCUUGGCUACAUGGGCUUCCUGGCUGCCAUCUGUUUCACGGUGGCUUUCCUAGCCAGGAAGCUGCCCGGGGCAUUCAAUGAAGCCAAGCUGAUCACCUUCAGCAUGUUGGUCUUUUCCAGUGUUUGGGUGUCCUUUGUGCCAGCCUACCUGAGCACCAAAGGGAAAUACAUGGUAGCUGUGCAGGUCUUCUCUAUCUUGGCUUCCAGUUUGGGUUUAUUGGUUUGCAUCUUCAUCCCCAAAAGCUACAUUAUCAUAUUAAGGCCAGAUCUAAAUAGCAAAGAGCAUUUAAUGAUGAAAUCUAAAGAUGGCAUCUGA